AUGACUCGCCCGGGACUAGGCUUUGUUCGGAGGCUGACCGCAAUCACCCAUGGUUGCGCUUCUCAGCAAAACGCACACGUUUGUCUUGUCUUAGGGGGCACAGGGCUUCUGGGUAGGGCUCUACGAGCGACUGUAGAGGAAUUAGAGGAGCAGGCUGGUGAUUUGGAGGGCUACCACUUCGUAUUUGUUGGGUCAAAGGAAGCGGACCUGAGAGUUCGGCAAGAAACAGAAUCCCUCUUCCAAAAGUAUCAGCCCAGUGCCAUCAUUCACUUGGCCGCCAGAGUUGGGGGUCUCUACGAAAAUAUGAAAAAUAAUGAGGCAUUCCUCCGUGAUAAUGUGCUGAUUAACACCAAUGUCGUCCGGGCUGCUUUGGAAGCACGGGUACCUCGGGCGAUCUUUUGCCUUUCCACAUGUGCUUAUCCGGAAACAGUUCCACAGCUUCCCCUAGUUGAGGAGUACCUCCACUUGGCUCCGUCUCACCCUUCAAAUGAAGGAUAUGCAGCAGCUAAGCGCUUACUGGAACAACAGGUUCGCUUUAGUCGGAAGCAGCUCCAGGAAGAUAAUCCCGGCGACGGAACUCCCCUCAUCGUGCGAGGCACGGGCGCUCCCUUAAGGCAAUUUCUUUUCAGCGACGACGCAGCGCGGCUGCUUCUGCUCUUGCUCGUCAAGCGACAGAUUCCCGAGACACACACCUUGUUAAACAUGUGCCCCGACUUGGAGGAUAGCGAGAUCUCAAUAGGGGAAUUGGCGUCGAUCAUCAAGCGCUGCGCGCAGUUUGACGGCCCAAUAGAGUUUGACGAUUCCUCUGCUGAAGGGGUCCAAAGAAAGCCGGCAGACAACUCGAAGUUGAGGGCGGUGGUCGGCCACGAAUUUCUCUUCACUCCUUUAGAAGAAGGUAUACAGAAGACUAUCGACUGGUUCAGAGAGAACUCUGCAAUUGCUCGUACCUGA